AUGGAUCUGUCCAUGAAGCUUUGUGUGGCCCUUCUCCUGAUAACUUAUUUUCUUUGUUUUGUCUAUUCAGACGGCCAUGGGUUCGUGCAGGUAGCUUUGGCAAGGGAGUGUCAGGCACAGAGCCAUUCGUUCAAGGGGGUGUGUGUAAGCGACACUAACUGCGCAUCUGUUUGCCAAACUGAGGGUUUCACCGGAGGAAAGUGUAUUGGCUUUCGGCAACGUUGUUUCUGCACCCGAAACUGCUAG